UUAUUCCAUUUUUUUCCUCUUUUUUUUUUUUCAGAGAUAUUAACAUUGAAGUUGGAGAAGACUGAAAAUAAGGACUUUGUGGUUGUGACAGAAUUGACCUUUCUGAACAUUCUUAACGGGGUACAGAGGUCAUAGGGCAUGACCUUGAGGUCGUCUGUAAAAGUAUAACUCAUCAGUAUGGUAUCUCUACAAAGUAUUGUUGCUAUUUUUAGCAUUUAUGUUUUUGAUGUGAUCCUACCCUGUGGAUCAGCACCGACAAAUUACAGCACAACACCAACAACACCAACACCGGAUGUAGCAGAUAAUAAGUCGGAUGAAGGGAUUCAAGUGGCCGGGUUGGAUUUCAAAACUGUUAAAUCUCCGCUGGUAUAUACAGUUGUUGUUUUGUUAGCAGGGCUGAGUAAAAUCCUUUACCAUUAUGCAAACGUCUUAUCAGCAAAGGUGCCAGAAUCAUGUAUGCUGAUCAUUUUGGGGACCAUAUUUGGGGCAAUAAUUCAUUUUUCAGGGGAAGCUGAUCACUUACCACUGUUUUUUGAACCUCAUGCUUUCUUCCUGUUUCUUUUACCUCCGAUUAUACUCGAGGCAGCAUACAGUCUUCAUGAUCCAACAUUCGCAGAAAACUUUGGGAGUGUUCUGCUUUUUGCUGUUGUCGGAACAGUUCUGGCAUGUUUCAUGUUGGGUCUCACUCUGUAUGGGUUGGCCAUCAGUGGUGCUAUGGGUGUGUUACCGAUGCCAAUGUCUCUAGUUCAGAUUCUUGUCUUCUCGUCGUUAAUAGUAGCAGUGGAUCCCGUUGCAGUUCUUGCCGUGUUUUCUGAAGUCGGUGUCAACCAUGUUUUAUAUUUUCUUUUAUUUGGAGAAUCAUUGCUCAAUGAUGGUGUUACUGUGGUCCUCUAUAAAGUGAUGCAGAAUUACAAUACAAUGCAGAACAUACACCCUGAACAUAUUGUUCUGGGUGUUGUUAAGUUCAUCGUCGUGUGUCUCGGUGGUUUUAUUCUCGGUGUGCUGGCAGGAGCCGGUACGGCAAUUCUCACACGGUUUACCAGCAAGGUCAAAGUACUACAACCACUUGUUAUAUACACGAUGGCAUAUAUCGGUUUUCUUCUAUACUACAACCACUUGUUAUAUACACGAUGGCAUAUCUCGGCUUUCUUCUAG